CAUAUUUCCGAAGAUACUACCAAAUGCAACUCUAUUUUGAAUAGUGAAAACUGAAAGCGUUUCGUGCAACUUGCUGUAGAAGCUAUUCCCUCUGACUACAGAAGCUAUUAUGAAAGUCAUGUGCAAUCCUUAAGUGAAAACCUCAAUGGGAAAAUGAAAUCGAGGAAAGAACUAAUCUAAUUGUAAGCGGAAGUGCAGAUCGAACUAUCUCACAAACAGCGUUCUAUAUCAGCAGCAAUGGAAGACAAAUUUCGGUGGAAUUUCAAUAUUUUCCUGCUUCAAAUAGCGAAGGAAUUGGGAGAAGGGGACCUUCAGCAAAUGAAAUUUGUCUUGAGAAAAUAUGUGACAUCCGCUAAAUUGGACGACAUGGACGCUUUACAAUUUGUCGAGGCGCUUCAAAAAUUGCAACUUAUCACUUCAACAAAACUUGGAAUUUUUAAAGACACACUGAGGGUGAUUGGACGUCCAGAUCUUGUUGAGAAGAUUGAAGAGAAAGAAGCGGCCGUUGGCACUCUUCCUGGCGAGAACUUAGAACAGAAAGGUUGGUAAUAUGUCCGGGAUAUCCAAUCGAAGAAAUCGAUGUCAAUCAAUACCAAUCGAUAUCAAUUAAUCGAUUGAUAUUAAUAAUCGAUCCCUAAUCGAUGGCGAAGAUUCGUGUGGUUAUUUAUUGGUAUCGAUUUUCGAUAACAAUUGAUAGAAUUAUGUUGGUAUUGAUUGGUAUCAAUAUUGGUUGCAGAUUGACAGAAUUGGUGCAUAAAUAUCACAUCUUUGUAUGCAGUAAUUGUAAACACAUUUCAUUUUAAUGCGUUGAACGUCAACAGGAGAACAAUACUUUCUUCUUUCUCUUCAAGGCUCCGUCAACAGGUAUCCCUGUUUUGCUUUGACAGCUCAAAAGUUUGUUCCCAUUCUUGCCUCCCGUCCACACAUAUCCCAUGAAAACGUUAUCCAAAGUGGAAAACUAUUUAAUACAAUAAUACAUAUUAUGAGACCAGUAGGUGGAGGUAACAAUGUAUGUGUUUUAUAUAAUGUCAUAUUUGUUUGCCCGGAUUGUUUGUUACUGGGUUGAUAAAGAAAACUUUCACUUACACAGAAAUAUUUUCAUGUAUUGGCCAAGCUGUCCACGAUGGUUAACAACUUUAAAUGCAUUUCCACAUUCUCCCCUCUUCUUGUUAGCAGUAAACACUUCGCCAAUGUUCACCUCAAAACUGUAAAGAUGAUAGCCUUUGAUGAUGCACGUUAUAUUCAGUAAAGCCUCUUCCAGGACUUCUUGUGUAGACGUAAUAACAUGGAAAGGCAAUGACGGGCAAGUGGGUAAUUCAAGUAAACAUGCAGCGGAAUAUAUUCUUUGCAUUGGGAAGACUGGUUCUGAAUGGUUUUACCACUUUUGUCCCCAGGGCUUCUUAAAGUGAUGUCUGUUUGAGGUUGCUGUGCCAAUCAAUAGCAACCAAUGAACAGUUUUUGUGUCGUUAUUGAUUGAUCAUCAAUUGACCCAUGCCAAUCGAUACCAAUUAACUAAUUUUAUUGAUUGAUAGAUUGAUUGGUUUUCCAAUCAUCAAUUUCCAUCGAUUGCAUACCCUGCGUAAUAUAGCACCAAGUUUUUGGUUGUUCACAAUGAUACCAUCCAUGAGAUCCUCCAGUACUGUGCAUUUAACUUGUCGUUCUUACCCCCCGCCUCAUGACUUUCAAUCAGUCAUUUUCUUUUCUCAGUGGUGUCAUUUGAUUGUAUUCUUGGUUUGCAACCACCUGACAAGGCGGCCAUGUUGGGGGUCAAUAUAAUAGAAUUUUUUCUCAAAGAAUUUACAGGAAAAUAGAGUUUAGUUCCCAGAAGAGAGAAAUGCUUUUGUUCUUGACCACCAAUAUGGCUACUGUGAUCAAAUGGUAAUAAAUCAAUGAAAAUUGGUAUUUCCAUCACAAAAUCAGAUCUAACAGGUUGUGUUUUUGUCGUUGUUAAGAUGUUCACACCUGAACCCUCAACCUGCAGAUGUAACCAUGUCUGUGGAACCAACUCUCAGUCCUAUCAUUAAUUUGUGACAUUAUCAAUUUUUUGCUAACUUGUGCAGGGAGAGAGGUCUUACCAACUGUACUCAAAUUUGUGUGACUCAGACAAACUGACUAGAGGAAAACAAUCAUUUGAUGUUGACUAGUAAAUAUUUUUAAGGAAAAUGUUUUUCCACUACUUGCCUGUACUUCAGAUCCUCGGGGCUGCCCCAACUCAAUAAGUGAUUCAUUUUUGUUAUUGGGAUGGUUUGGUUUUGUAACUCCUUCCCCCAAUCCUAGAAAGAAUUUUGGUGGGGUCUCUAACAAUUUAGUCAUUUACAGGGGGCAAGAGAGAGGGUAUUAAUUAUUGGAACAUGCACUCAAAUGAUUCAUUGUUUGUGAAUUUCAGAUUACGAUGCAGUUUGUGAUGGCAUUGAAAAAGCAGCGGCCGCAGGAAAGUUCAAGAGUUUACCACAAGCUGACCUAAGUGCUUCUAAAUGUAAGGGUUGAUUAGUGAUUUCUAACUGUUAAAAAAAUGGAAGUACUGGGUAUGACUGGGUAUGCCGCAGGCAGCCCAUUAAAAACAGAUUUCCGCCAUUGAGGAAUACAUAAACCCUUUUUGCAGGAAACGUCCCAUUUUUUCACUUUUAUAUUACUAUAUCUCUUUUAUAAGAUUAUUGUUAUCCAAUUCAAAGAGCAUAUAAUAAUAUUAGUUCUGCUCCACCUCGGGCUUCUCAUUUCAUUCGAGCUAAACAAAAUAAUUCAAGUAAUGUAAAAUGUAGAAAAUCAGCAAAAUAUGAAUUAAUAAAUUAAUAAAUAAAUAUGUUUGAUCCAUAGAUCAACCAAACAAGAGCAAUCCUUCAAUGUCCCGGUUACACUUUAAAGGAUCACUGCAAGUGGGGUCCAAGAUUGCACCAGACCAAACACUUCCUGGGUUGGCAACAGGUGGUGAAACUGGUGAAGUUGACAUGGCACAUGGAGGAGACUUACCUGAUACUUUGAGUCCAGGUGCAGGGUUGAGUAGUCUUUGUUUUAAAAAACACUCUUAAAAGACCCUGUUGGUACAAUGACAAAAAAUAGAGUUUGGCAUAAUUGCACAAAACUUGAAAAUUUUGUAAUCACCAAUUUUUCAUUUUUGUAACUUUGUUUGCAUCCGAGUCAUGCAAAUAACUAGAAACGUCAAUUAGAGGAACUUCAAUUGGCCAUGUUUGCAAAAUAAUAUGAUCCGAUGAAGGAUAGCCAGCAAGGAACCAGGAGUUUGUCACCUGAUAAAACAUUUUAGGCCUCCAAAUCUUUUCAAUGGAAUCUUUGAAGUUUAGUAACACUUGUAAAAAUCUUGGUAAGUGAAAAAAUUUUUCACAUGAGAAAUGGCUUCCUGUUGACAGAUUUUUUACGAAACUAAACUCAUGUACUUCCGUAGUCACUGUGUCCUGUAGAGCUUCUAGUGGUAAUGUAGUCGUUCUGUGAUCAUGACAGCCCACUCUUGUCAGGACUGAUCCAGUAAGCCACCUACAACUAUUUUAAAAUGUUGAAGGAGGGCACUUAAGCUGAUGUGAGUCCUGACAAAAUAAUAUCAUGUCAGCUAUUAGACAAUUGAAAUUUACAGCUUUAAAUGAAGGAGAGAUUUGUUUGUGUGCAUCACAGGACCAACAUGAAGUAAGCAAAGUUGUUCAUCAGCAGAAGCAGAGGUAGUAAUAGGGGGAGGGGUAGAGAUGCUCAUUUUCAGUUAUUUGCAUCUCAGCCAGGUGGACUUUCUGUUUGGUAAUUUCAGUGGUAAGAUAUCAAGUUAUAUAGAGUAUGCAGAGAACUAGUGUCCGUGAAGUGGGCUUGAAAUAAUAUGAGAGUUUGUGACUCAGAGCCCAAAAAAGUGUUUGUUUUUGGUAUUAGCUGGUGUCUGUAGUAAGCGAGUUAUAUGAACUUUCAUUUGGGACAAAUGAAACUGUCUGUUAUAUACGGGUGUCCGUAGAGCAGGGUUCCACUUAGACUGCAAAACAGUCCGUAUUUUUGCGUUUUCAAGUACGCGCGAGCAGUCAAACAAAAGGUCUGCAACGAAGCUGAAAACAGAGAGCGAGACUGGGGAGAGACGCUAGACGGUUUUUUUCCUCCCGCCUCACACGCCCUACAGGCGUGUGAGGCUCGCGCGCUUCGCGCACGUAAGACUCUUACGCCACGCUUUACCGAUUUCUUUACUGAUUUUGAGAAAGAAACCGACUGUUUUGCAGUCUAGGUUCCACUGUAGUUGUUCAGUUAGAAACCUGAAAAGAGGAGUAACAAGCGUACAUAUUAAUACCUUUCUGAUUUUGUCAUUGUAAACCUGUAAUUCAAUCCUAUACAAUUAUGUAUUAUUUUUCACCCUAAGGGAUAAUUUUUGUCUAAUACACAUGCAUGUAUUGAAUGAUUUGCUCAAAUAUGGAUUCUGGGGAAUGUAUUAAAAGCAAACAUUUGGUAUCUGCAGGUUAUGGUACAUUUUCCUCUAUGCCAUCAAGUGCCAAGGAGCCAAGAGAAGAUACUUAUACAAGUAGUUCCUCCCCUAAAGGAAGGAGCAGCAGUGUUAGUGCAACCCUAGGUCCACUCUAUGGCUUCAACCCACACCUAUUAGGCUCAGAUGUUCCUUAUCAAGGCUUGCCAUUUGGAUCCUACUUCCUAAGUGGAGAUGCAAUGCCUUCAGGUCCCCCGCCCAUGUUUAGCAGCAGUGCUGGUGCAACACCAGGUGCACUCUAUGGCUUCAACCCUCCUCCAUUUGGCUCAGAUGCUCCCUAUCAAGGCUUGCCACUUGGAUCCCACUUCCCAAGUGGAGAUGCAAUGCCUUCAGGUCCCCCGCCCAUGUUUAGCAGCAGUGCUGGUGCAACACCAGGUACACCCUAUGGCUUCAACCCUCCUCCAUUUGGCUCAGAUGCUCCCUAUCAAGGCUUGCCACUUGGAUCCCACUUCCCAAGUGGAGAUGCAAUGCCUUCAGGUCCCCCGCCCAUGUUUAGCAGCAGCGCUGGUGAGAGGCUCUAUUUGUUUACAUUCACCAUAAAUAAAUUACAAAUACAGACUACCUGCAAAAUAGCGGAGCUAAUCAAGGCAGGUAGUAUGGAGACGUGUCUAUCACAUCAUACUAUAUUAUUCUGAUGGCAUAAAAAUAUACAAUAAUUACAAAAUUACAGAGAUUAAUUACAUUAAUGAAUGACAAACUAUAUUAUUAUAAUGACACAAAGAUACAAGAUAUACAAUAAUUACGAAAGUACAGACGAGAUUAAUUAUUUAUAAUGAAUUGCGGAGGAGUAGGAGGGGUGUGGGGUAAGUAAAACAUUGUUUUUUGGCUCAGGGACUAGUCAGAAAUUAGCAGGGGGGAGGGGGGGUGGAAACAGAGGGAGGAGUCAUGAAAAAUGGGCCGUUAAAAGGGGGAGGGUCAUGCAAAUAUAUAGCCCGUGAUCAUGUAGAGGUUCACCCACAGAAGAAAAAGAAAGUUCUUUAUUUGGUAAAAAAAAAAGAAAGAAAAAAAGAGCAACAGAACAUUACGGAUAUAAACUGUGAAGUACUAUUGCAAGAAUUUAACAAACAUCCACUUUUCUUUUAUAACAAUGCUAUAGAGUCUUAUUGCAAUUAUGAAUAAUGUUGUUAAUGUUAUUAGAGUUUUGGCUAUCCUUUUCAUCACUGUCUUCAGCGUCACCAUCAAUGCUGCUGUGAGCAUCUUGAUCAUCAUCAUUUAUGUCAUCAGCUUUUUAUUUUAUUUGUUUUAUUUUAUUUUAUUAGCUUCGCAUUGUUUCAUCAUCAUCAUGAUUUUCAUUUAAAUUGAAGUGUAGAUAUUGCUUGAUAAUGUCCUGUGAUUCAUUGGUGAACAACCCUUCUCAGUCACUCCUCCCAAGUAAUGUACAAAUUUUAAAUUUAAUGUUAAUUAACCUAUUUAUUAUCGUUUUUAUUCUGCUUGUAAUUCAUUGCGUGUGGCAAAAUAAUAAAUAAAUAAAUAAAUAAAACAUAACUGUACUUUUCUCGCACUGCGUCAAGAAGAAAGCAACACUUGAAGAAGUAUAAGAUCUCGUCGCACGAUAAGACAGUGUGAGUAUCGAAUUUCGUCCUACCAAAUUUGCAUAUUUGAGUUUGCAGUAAAAUUGCAUGUCGCUGAUUUCAUUGAUAAGAAAAUUGUCCCUCAAAGUUUAAAGUGCUGGAAAAGACUCGUGUAACUUCUUUGUGAUAGAGAAACAGUCAAGAGAAGAAGAAAAUUAUGCAACCAAUUAAAAAAAAUUAUUUUUCAUGUUUUGUGUUCUGGACGUGCAAGGAAAAUGAAGUUUCAUUCCGCUGGCUCAUAAACUACAAAAGCGUAAAAGAUAAAAAAUAUUAUUUGCGGGAAACAUGUUGAAAAAAAAAAUUAAGUAUUGAAUAAAACGUAUGUUGAUACUGUCGAUAAUCGAUUGAUAAUAUGAAAGCAAAGAUGGCUACCAGUAGUAGUCAUUCUAUUACAGCCCACUGUUGCUAGGACUGAUCCAGAAAGCCACCUAAAACUAUUUUAAAAUGUUGAUGGAGGGCACUUAAGCUGAUAUGAGUCUUGACAAAAUAAUGUCACGUCUGAGCUACUAGGCAAUUGAAAUAAUUUUUCAGCUUUAAAUGAAGGAGAGAUCUGUUUGUGUGCAUGACAGGACCAAUGUGAAGUAAGCAAAGUUGUUCAUCAGCAGAUACAGCAGGAGCAGCAGUUGAAAUAGGUGGAGGGGAAGAGACGCCACUCAUUUUCAGUUACUUGCAACUCAGCCAGGAGUGGAGUGAAUAUUAGACAGGCCUUUAGAAAGACCAACUGACCGACUGACCAAGCUGUUAGCCAGAUUCAAUAAAACGUUAUUAGACUUAAUUGUGUAUUUCCUAAACAUAGUGAAAUAAUUAUUACAAUAAUGCUAACGAGUCACAAGGUGGUGGUACACAUACUAAACAAUCAUACCUCUUACAGAUGGGCAUAACAGCCAGUUAUCGUCGAACCCCCUGAUUAUAGAAGGUUCAUCUUGGGCACCUGGCAGGCUGACAUACCUCAACAAGGGGGAUGCCAACAGACCAAAGGUCAAUUUUGAGGUUUUUGAUCUGAAUGGACAGCUUGUCCAGGAGUUUAAGCCAGAAGUGUUGAUGAUUAAACUUGUUGUCAAACAUCGUUGGAAAGAGGGAACACAAAAGGAGAUAUGCAUCCCUGAUUUUGAGACGGCGACUAUCGGUGAAUUAAGAGAAAGGAUUAAACAGGAGUAUAACCCUGAUGUAUCAUGUUUAGUGAUGGGUGGAAAAAUUCUUAACGAAGACAAAACCAUGAGGUGAGUCUAACACACUCCAGUGGCCUGUGUUAGAGAACCAGGGGGGACUCGCAUAUAAAAAUAACGGGGUGCACCUUGUCUCACAUUUUUUUUCAAUUUUAUUUAUUUUACCACAAAAUACAAACGACGAGAAUACAAGAUUAUCAGAGGAGAAAAUGAAUGUGGUGAGGAAACCGAAAAAGAAUCCCAAAGUCUUAUAAACAUCGGGCUCCGUCAGAAUAUAAAAGUAUAUGUUACAAUGACGGGUGUAGAAAUUGCAAAUUUGGUCUCCGUAAGGUAAGGGUGUCCAAGAUGGAAAGUCAAUUGUUGUUUUGAACCAUAAACAAAGGUGUCACUCAGGGUUAUGCUUAAAGAAAUAUCUUCUAAAAUACUGUUAUAUUUUUUGAGUAUUACUCGCAAAGAUUGGUCUCCUUAUUAAGGGGUCUCUAAUUUUCUGGCAAGCAUCUCUUCCAUAUGAGAGUCCAGGGUAAGACAGAGUUUCUUUAACCAACUGAUUUGUAUAUAAUAUUAUUAUUAUACGUAGGUAUAGUGUUUAUAGAAGCAGUGCAAAGUGUUGUCUUGAUCAGGUGGAUAUGUUAUUCUUGCGCAUUUUUUGUGUUUUUAUCCUGUCCUUUGGUUAUAAUUAGAUCUCAUCGACCGUAGCCCCUUCGGACACCUCAUGAUAUUUACACAACAUAGUUUUCCUCAUUAUGUAUUAGGGUUAAGCACUGUCUGCUUUCUAGGUCGUGGGUUAAAAUCCUACCGCUCUUCAUAUCAAAUUUCUUACUUUCAAAUUGAAGAGACUUGCUCUUUCAUGAACAUUUCCAGCUUGAAAUAUCAUCUAAGUGUGAUGUAAAAGCAGAAAACAGUUCUACGUUGUGUAAAUUUCAUAAGGGGGAAAGGGACUACGGCUGAUGGGAUUUAAUGCUUACCCUGUCUUCUGGAGUGUACUUUUGUUAUUUACCUAGUGAGGAUUUUCAAAGGGGAGGAUCAAACAGAGAGAGGGGGAGUAAACACAUUGCCAAAGGGGAGGUGGGUUGAGGAAAAAGUUCUUACUGCACCAUAAUUCCCAGUCACCUGGCAAAAGACACUAAAAAAGAUUUUUGCCUAUAUCUCUAUGGACACUGAAGACAUUCUAAGAUGCUUUAGAGAUACCAGCUUUUUUGUAUGUGUGCUUGCUAAAUUUGUGGAACGAUGAUUGGAGACUGAAAAUUGUGUCCUUGUUCCAACAGCUCCCGUGCAUUGGAAAAUGCUAAUGAGGUAAUUGAGGUCCUUUACACAAAGGAAGAGCUGGUGAUUGAAGCUUCAGGCAAAGAACCCAUUACAAUGCCCGUGAAUCCUUUCACCCUUUUAGUUCAGGAUGUGAAAGAUUUCAUUGAACGGAACUUGAAUAUUCCAGUGUCGCAGCAGUAUCUUCGUUUCAAUGGGCAAAAUGUGGAGGAAAUCGAUUUAGUUUAUGAUUUGUUCAUAAAGUCAAAAGGGUCACCAAAAAUUAAAGUGGACAAGGACAGAGAGAUUGAGAUCAAUGUUUCUUUAGGUCCAGAUGACGAACCAAAAAAAGUUACCAUAAAUUGGUUUGCAACAGUGGAUGAGCUCAAGGAAAAGCUGAGACAGCAAUACGACCUUGAAACCAUCAACACAAUUCAGUUGGAUGGUGCUAGUAUAAAUGAAGAAAGAAGGAAAAGGUUGAUUGAUUUUAACCUCAAGCCAACAAAAUCAGUGAUUACAGUUAAUGAUUUUGGGUAAGAAGAGCUUUUUCACGCCUAGUUUGUGUUGUAAUAACCAGUGCAGGCAUGUGUAAACUUCAGACAUUAAUCUUUACAUAGAAUACCUAGGUCACAUAAUUGCCCCCCACACAGCAACCUUAUUUAAGAAUCAUGGUACAAUUCUCAUAGGCUGCUGGUAGCAUAGGCUAGGGGCGUAGCUAGGGUUUUUUAAAGGGGGGCACACUGUGUCACACCCAGGGCACUAUCUACAUUGUCAAGUUUACAUCCCUACUGUGUUUUACUAAGAGUGAAAUGAGCCGCAUUACAGAAGUGUCUGUAUUUUGGUAAUAAACUUACUAGCAUAUUUAAUUAUCACAAAUUCUGCAAUCUGAUUGGUCAAUGACUCUCGAGUUAGGGGCCGACCACUUGACUUUUGACAAGGGAAAUGGGUUAUUUGGUUUGGGUAAGAAUUUUUUUCCUGGCAUACAAUGGUGUGAGAUUUUUUUUUUCAGCGUCACAGGUCAUGCAAUAUUUUUUUCAGGGUGGGUAUUUCUUUCCUUGCAAGAAUUUUUUUCCCUCGAAAUCAAUCUGCGGGAUAUUUUUUUCUAAAAUCACCCAUACCCCCCUCAAACGUCAAAUGAUCGGCCCAUUAUAGACAUGACCUAAUAACCUCUGAAGUAAAGUGGUCACUUUUGCAGGGUACUUAUAAAGUUUUAUUAUCUAUCAAAGGUCCCGUACAGGAGGAUUUGGCUUUGGGCGUACAAGAGGAUUUGGUUCCGAAACAAGUUCCAGUUUUAAACCACGAUAUCGCGGGAUUGAUGAUUCUCCAGGUAUUAAACAUUUAUUCAUUACCAAAAAUUCUCUUUCAAGAUUGACUGUUGUUUGUACACCAAUCCUUGUGGAAAGGUUUGAGAUGCAGUGGAAGCUCUGUAAACGGACACUCUCGUAGGCGGACAGCUUUACCAACGGCCGCCUUCACAAAAUCCUGCUUUUCUCAACUCCCAAUCAAACUCGCAGCCAGCCCCAGUUAUGGGCACCUUUUUCACGUCCCGAGGGUGUUUAUACGCUCUUGAGAGCUUCCACUGUAUAUAUUUGAAAAGAGAAUUUGCUUUAAAACUGGUUUGGUGGUUUACGGUAAAGUAUGUAUUCAAGAUUAAUAGAAGAAACCGACUUGCGUACUGGCAUAAAAUUCUGUUAUCUGAUUGGCUUCAAACUACUCAUAAAUUGCAUUAUGCAUAUUGAGUUAGUGAGCUAGCCCAGGUUGUUCAAACGUUGGAUAGCGCUAUCCACCGGAUAAAUCACUAUCCAGCGGAUAGCGUAAUUAAUUUCCGUAAUACUUAUCCGCUGGACAGUUAUUUAUCCGGCAGAUAGCGCUAUCCAACGUUUGAACAACCGGGGCCUGGCAUUUAAGCAAAACUAAACAAAUAAAUUGUUUUUGAAGAUCCAAAAUCCAGUGCUGGAAAUAACUUUAUGUACUUGAAAGGACAUGUGUCCUCUCAAACCUUUAUUUUGAAAGGACAUAUUCGAAAAUUGGCAGGACAUUAAUUAGCAUAUCGCAUUUACUCGAAUAAGCGCCGCGGCACUCAUGGCGUUAAUUUGAAAGUUGGACGCGACAAAGAAUUGUUUUAACUCCCGGGUUUUAACUAUGAUAUUGUUAUUUGCCCGUAUUAAACUAACAGAAUUAACGUCUUUAGAUUUUCAUGCCAAGGGAGCCAUAAAAUUAUAUAGUUAUAUCGAGGAAUUGUUAUAUUGAGACUCCUGAUAUAACGAUAUGGCCGUAAAAUAACCGAAAAAUUCAUUGUAUUGGGGUAAACCUAAAAUGUCCUUUUUUACUGCAUACACUAUUUCACCAAUGAGUAUCAAAUGGUUCACAAAUGUAAUAUUUCAAGCACACAGCAAUGUCCUAAAAGUUUGCAAAACACGAGAAGUUUUGGGUGUUACGAAAACUAAGACCCUCGAAAACUAAGACCCAAGACCUAAGACCCGUCUUAGUUUUCGAAAUUACGAAAACUAAGACCCCCUAAAAUCAAUUCUGUCGAAAUAUGAAGUCAAAUUGUAAUCGAAAUAGGUCUAAUCAGUCAAAUUAUCUUCUGUCCGAUUCUUUCCACCGAGUUUUAGAUCGAAUUUAACGAUAAAUUUAGGGGUCUUAGUUUUCGUAAUUUCGAAAACAAAGACCUCUCUUAGUUUUCGUUAUUACGAAAACUAAGACCCCCUAAAAAAACAAUCCGUGAAAUAUAUAUGAAGUCGAAUUACGACGGUUCAAAGACUAUAAUCCGUAAAACAACCAAAAACUAUAAUCCGCGUGCUGACGAUCCGCUUCUUCUAAUUAUUUGCAGAAAACAGAGCAUGUAAGCCAUUGCCUGUGUAUAAUUGUACACUGAAAAUAUGCCUACCCCGCCGAUUGGUCUCUAAUUUUAGUUGUUUAUCCUUAAAAAUCGUCAAAUUGGCUUUCCACUGGAGAUGGAUGUUUGCCUUCGUUGCCGGCUGACAUGUUGCUGCGACCCUGAUGGCGUUACCUAAAUCAUAAUUGGUUCUGAUUGUCAAGUGGUUAAUUAUCGGUUAAACAUAACACAAAAAUACUGGGUUUUUUCUCUUUUCUGGCCAGCCCAUAGCCACAAAAAUGCUUUCUUGAAAAGGGCGAAUAAAAGAGUACGUCCUACAUUGCAUUGAGUUUAAUUUUAUCGCUGCCUUCCCGGAGAUCACCCGAAACAAGGUGAAAAGUUACAAUGUAAGGAGUAGUUGAGGGGUAGGUUGGAGCAAGGAGAAAUAGUCUGUGAGGGAUACUGGCUAAAACACUUAUUUGAUAAACCAUGAAUGAAUGAAUAAAUUUCCUGUACUAGCAAGGCAUCAUCUCGAAAAUUUUGCGUUUUAAUUUCAGAAAAAUAAAAUAAACAAACAAUCAAAAGAAAACACCCCUUGGGUGAUUUUUAGGUAACGCAAUCACGGUCGCAGAGACACGAAGGCAAAAAUCCAUCUCUAGCACGUGGAAAGCCAAUUUUACGAUUUUUAAGGAUAAACAACCAAAAUUAUAGACCAAUUGGUGGCGUAAGGCAUAUUUUCAAUGUACAAUUAUACACAGGUAGUCUAUGACUUUUCGUCCUCUUUUUAAAGCCUCAAUACUGAUAUGUCUGCAAAGUUUUAGAACAUGCGGAUCGUCAGCACGCGGAUGAUAGUUUUUGGUUGUUUUACGGAUUAUAGUCUCUGUAGUUUUGUGUACUUGGUGUAGUUUGGUGUAGUUUGGUUUAGUAGGUGUUGUUUGGUGUAGUGUUGUGUAGUUGGUUUAGUUUGAUGUAGGUGGCGUAGUUUUGUGUAACAACUACACAAACUACACCAACUACACAUACUACACCAACUACAUAUUCUACACCAACUACAUAUACUACACCAACUACGUAUUCUACACCAACUACAGUAACUACACCAACUACACUAACUACACCAACUACACAUACUACACCAACUACAUAUACUACACCAACUACACAAACUACACAUACUACACUCACUUCAACAACUACACAUACUACAUCAACUACACAAACUAAACCAACUACACAUACUACACCAUCUACAGUAACUACACCAACUACACUAACUACACCAACUACACAUACUACACCAACUACAUAUACUACACCAACUACACAUACUACACUAACUACAUAUACUAAACCAACUACACUAACUACAUCAACUACAGCAAAUACACUAACUACAUUAACUACAGCAACUACACUAACUACACCAACUACAGUAACUACAUCAACUACACUAACUACACCAACCACGCAAACUACACCAACUACACAUACUACACCAACUACAGUAACUACGCCAACUACAUAUUCUACACCAACUACACAUACUACACCAACUACACUAAGUACACCAGCUACACAAACUACACCAACUACACAUACUUUAUAUACUACACCAACUACACUAACUAAACCAACUACAGCUACUACAGCAAAUACACUAACUACACCAACUACAGCUACUGCACCAACUACAGCAACUACAUCAACUACAGCAACUACACCAACUACACCAACUACACUAACUACACCAACUACACCAACUACAGCUACUACACCAACUACAGCUACUACACUAACUACACCAACUACACCAACUAUACUAACUACACCAACUACACCAACUACAGCUACUACACCAACUACACGUACUACAGCUACUACACCAACUACAGCAACUACACUACGUACACCUACUACAGCUACCACACCAACUACUGCUACUACACCAGCUACAGCAACUACAGUAACUACAGCUACUACACCAACUACACUAACUACACCAACUACAGCUACUACACCAACUACAGCUACUACACCAACUACAGUAACUACAGCAAUUACAUCAGCAUUCUCAUAGUGGGCUUAGUGGUCACUUAAUGUCUCUAUAUUCGUGACGGUUAUCAUAGACCCAUUACCCCUAAAUUUAUUGUUAAAUUCGACCUAAAACUCGGUGGAAAGGAUCGGACAGAAGAUAAUUUGACAGAUUAGACCUAUUUCGAUUACAGUUUGACUUCAUAUUUCGACGGAUUUGAUUUUAGGGGGUCUUAGUUUUCGUAAUCACGAAAACUAAGACGGGUCUUAGGUCUUAGGUCUUAGUUUUCGAGGGUCUUAGUUUUCGUAACACCCAGAAGUUUUGAAUUUUUACACAGUACUUUCUGUGUUCAUUUUUUUUUUCUUAAAAAAAAAGAAAAAAAAACAGACAUUGGCCGGCAAGUAAUGCAUUGUUGUGCAUGACACGCUAGCUUGCAACAGUCCCUCGUUAGUCGUUUUUGUCGCAAUGGUUUUUUUAUCAGAGUUAUAUACAGCCCAAGUAAACUAAGUAAGUUGACAGAAGCGUUAAAGAUUACUCGAUAACGUUAAUGUUAUUUUAUUAAUUCAAUUCAAUUCUUUGCUUAAAUUGUGACUGCGCACUGAUAGUAUCGUUAUAUCGGGAAAGAGUUUACAUUCGCGCAGCUAAAUUCUCAUCAUUAUAUCGAAGAUCGUUAUAUCACAGGCAGCCCAAACUCUGUGGGAGUUCGUUGGGCUUUGAAUUUAUAAGAGAAUGUAUGAAAAUAAACAAAAUACGUCCUAAAUUCCAAUUUUGGACAAAAAUAGAAAUAAAAAUGACUUACCUUGUGUUUGUGUUUUGUCAUUUACUGUCUAUUCGCCUCUAGAGCCAUUUGGAAGCCGUUUUAUCGACGUUUAAGAUUUUGAGUUGUACUAACAGUAAGAAAAAUGAGAAGGCUGGGGGCCCCGAAGCCGACCGUUCCAGCUCGAAGUUCCAUAAAUCCCAUAAAAAUCGUCCAAACUCGCCAAAAUUGCCGUCAAAGGAUCUGUCGAUAAUUUGUCUUUCCCUUCUAUGCUUCUAGAGUCUCAGAUUUCAUCACAACCGCUAGCAAAGCGCUUGAUUUUAAACUUUUUCCAUCAGAGUUUUCUUUCUCGGGAUGCGUAUGACCGGACUCUUGGACGUGACGUAAUUAACGGUCGCUCAAAUCUUACGUCACAGCGACAAUUUGCCUCCGUUCGGGGGGCGGGCACAGUGCAUCGCGAGUGUCAUCGCGUUCUGCAAGAAUUGAUACAUGAUGCGUCUGGAGACUAGCUUAUUUAACAUCAGUAUGAAACCUGAUGUCACCUCUAAUAAUUUGUUAAACCGAUUCUUUUAAUACUUUCAGAUUCGAUUCCAGCGUUUGUGCGAGCUAGAGAAGACAAGGCACUUGCUGCUUACCAAAGGGCAAUCGAGACUGGUGGUAGCACAUAUGAUAAACGUGUCAAGGUUUUGCUCGUAGGGCAAGACCGUGUGGGGAAAACGAGCCUCGGUAAAGCUCUAAGAGGUGAACCUUUCAAUGAAGCCGAACUCAGUACCGAGGGAGUGCAAAUGAUCCCUGCUAUCAAAAAUGCUGGAACAGGCGCGUGGAGAAAUCCAUCUUUUCUUGAACACACAACAGUAUUUGAUCAUAAGGUUGCUGCAAAGACUGCUGAGGAUUUAUUAAGCAAUUUUUCGGAGCAGCCAGCAAAGAAAGGACCAAGAACUGAAGCGUCUAACAGAUCAGAAAAAACAGAUCAGUUAUUUGUUCAAGAUGGUAAGCGUCCCAACCAUUUUCUUUUAAUUUAUUUUUCCUCUCUGAUAAUUAUUUCAAAAGAAUCCUUGAGCUCGAGAGGCUCUUUCUCAAAAGUUCUGACGGCGUUCGGCCCUGGAAAGCUCAUUUAGGAGCUCAUUGGUUUACGAGAAAGAUUUAAAUUUUCUUUGAAGAAAAGAACAUGUCUUCAAUUUGCUUAAAUGUGGUAGAAAUAUCCAGAAAACACACACGCUCAGCGCUUGUAUGGGCAAAAAAUCGGGCCUUAGAAAAAGAAAACUGGCCGCUUAACAAGGCAUGGCCGCUCGGGUGCGGGUCUGUGAUAAAUACUAAUCGAUUUCCUAAGCGAGGGAGGAAGGCGCAAGCUUUUAAGGGGGUGUAGGGACAUGCUCCCCAAGGAAAUUUUAAAGUCUAAAGUUUAAAGUCCUCUUUUGUGGGUUUGUGAUUCAUAGGUGGAAGGAGGGGGGGGGCAGUGGGGGUUUUAUCUAAUGCCCGGAAAUUGAAAAAAAGAAAACAUUUGUUUUCCAGCCAGUCAACUUGGAAAGAUUUUAUCAUUAUUAUUAUUAUUCUCCCUCUUCUUCUUCUAAUAUAAUAAUAAUAAUAAUAAUAAUAAUAAUAAUAAUAAUAACAAUAACAAAAACGAUUUUAUUAGUAGUACUUCCACGAGGUGGCUCUUCGCCUACUAAUGCCCUAACUACAGUAUAUUAGUACAAAAAAUCAAACCGAAUUUAAAUGAAAAAUGAUAUAUACAAUAAAUUAAGGAUAAGUACAAAAGGUUUGAUAAAAAUAUGUACAGUUAAAAAACAGCGUGGUUAAAAAUAAUAAUGAAAAUAAAAAUCAGUCAUACGCUUUCUCCUUCGGAGAACAUGAGCUUCUUCGCUAACCUAACGAACUUGUUAUAGUCAGGCUCUUGCCUUAACCUAUCAGGUAACGUAUUAAAUAAUCUCGCUGCUGAGUCCUGAAGAGUGCCUCUUUCAGUUGGAGUAGCCAUCUUUGGUGCUUCAAGAGAUCUUAAGUUAUAGGCACUGACAGUAUGGAAUUUAAGGCGUAAGUAAUCAGGCCAAACAUCAUCGUAGAGGGCUUUAUGAGUAAUUUUCGGUAGUGCUACAACUCUGGUCAAAACGUCUUGGGACACUUGAGGAAAUUAGGCACAAAGACGCACUUUGCUAAAUUAACUCAUAUUCUACCUCUUAAAAAAGCUUGGGGAUGCUGUUAUAAGGGGCUAUUUCUGAUGUCCCCCUCUCCCCCAAGCAGUGUUGAUUGUGUUGAAUUAAAACUUGAAUGCAUAACGUCAACAUUGCACCCAGGGGGAAGAGGGGAGGGAAGAUGCCUCAAUUUGACAAGUUAUUGCGUUAGUGUCCCAAGAGUUUUGACCAGGGUUGUCUGAAAACCCCUUCUAUAGGAAAACGAGUUUUAAACAUUACGAAACUUAGAGAAAAGUUGUGGAUUUGUAGGUAUAGCAAUCUUUAAAGAGUUACCAGGUGUUACCUUGUAAGUAUUCUUUAUUCCGAGAGCGGAGGCGAAUAGAUGAACGGUUUCGAAUGCAUGCUUAUUAAGUAUCCUCAACGUACUCAAGGGCAAGAAAACUGUGAAAACAUUACAGCAAAAAGCAUCGUGGAGCAGAUUGGGCUUAGGUUUGAAACGGCAAGCACAAAACAUUUCCACAUUAGCUAAAUGAAAAUGGUUACGCAUAUUUACAAGCAGAGAAAAAUGGGCUUCUAAGUGAAAACAAUCGCAAGUUGCGUGUACGAUUCGGUGCUCGCAAAAACCUGAAACGUCCAGUUGCGAAAACUCCUCUGUUUUGGACGAAUGAAUCGAAGUGGCUUUUUAUUUAGAUGCCGUGUCCUUUGUCCACAAAUACAACGAAAUGUAAAAAAAAAAAUCACUGAUAUGGCGACAGAAGGGAGAAGGCCUUUCGUUUUUAUUAGGUGAUACUAAUUAAGGUUCUAAGGACUUGGAUGACGCCAUCGCUUGUAGAAAAGGGGUAACACUAACUAGUACUGUACCUUAUGAGAAAAUGAACGGCAAUUUCUUCGCUCAGUUGAAUAAGGAACCAUUUUAAUACAGCGUUUGGUCGGGCAAGGCCGAAAAGAAACGCAAGAAGACUCUUUUUAAUGUACAAUGGCCCAGACGAGCAAGCGUGCGAAGAAGGCCCAAGAGGAUAUACUGAGACUGAAGAUAUGCGUCCAUUAUUUGCAUAGAAAAUUUAGAUAACCAGAUCAAAUGUUACUUAGAUGAAGAGGCUGUAACACAGAUUUUUACAAAGGAUUCAGUUGAACAGCUUAAUGCAUAAGUUUAGGAGUGUUUAAUGAUUGAUUAUUUUCUAUUUAGAGAAUAUCGAUAUUCUCAUAUCAAGUGUGACUCACAGAAUUAAAACUGUACUUGUGUCUAGAGGUCACCGCACAAAAUAUUAACUUAGAGUGCACUGUUACCGAAGUCCUCACUUUUUAUUGUAUUCCCCAUGACUUUGUCCGUUGUUACUUUGAUGUCGGUAGAAUUCUUCUGUAAGUUACUUUUAGGAAACAAGGAAUUGCGUGACGGUUGCUCUGAACAGUUCUCUCAUCAUUUCUCACUUGUUUUAUGGGCCGUCUUGUAUGAAAUACAACUUAUAGGGAGCUCUAUUCUUUAAAAGACACUCUUGGUAAAACUUAUCAUUGUCUUAAGUUUCUUUUCCCUUCGUUUCUUGUACACAAUAAGCAAGUUAUGGGGCUUUUUAAACAUUUCUCACCUAAAUGACUGUAAAAGAUUAAUUAAAAUUCAUUCCUUUUUUGUUAAUUCUGAGGUGAGAAAUGUUGUAGGUCUCUCCUUUUCAUAAUUGGAAGCCAGUUUAAUUUCUUCAAGUCCUCUAAAACAGCAUACCGCCCAAGUACGUAGCCCGCGCAUGUUGUUUGAACUCUUUGCAGCCGUUUCAUUUGGUAUUCGGGAAGGGGAUAGAAGACGACGCACCCGUAGUCCAGUUUUGACAUCACUAAUGACUCCACUAACUGCUUGCGAACAUGGUAUGGUGCGAGGUUGCGCAGUUUCCGGAGAACCUCCAAUGCUGCAUAACAGGAUGAAGGAAGCACAGUCACGUGGUCAGCCCAUGUUAGAUGUUCGUCCAUGUGAACCCCCAGUAUCUUAGCUGUGGUGACACGUUUUAGUAGCUUCCCAUUGCAGCUCACAGCUGGAUAAUAAUUGUGUAACGCGUGAGCUCGAGACAUCUGGCAAACAUCCACUUUGCUUUAGCUUAAUUUAAUGCGAAGUUUGAUUCAGAUGAGUAAUCCCCCAAACGUGAUAUUGCGUCAUUUAAUUCCACGACACCAUUAGCUAAGUCCUUCGUCUUUGAGUGAACGAAGAAAAUUGUAUCGUCCGGGUACUGGUAACAGGAACACUUAAUGUGUUUUUGAAGAUCAGAAACGUAUAGGUUGAAAAUAAAAGGUCCGAGUAUCGAUCCCUGUGGGACACCAAACAGUACAGUCACGAUAGACGAGGUCUUGUCGUCUUUUUGAACUAACUGGCGGCGAUCAGAGAGGUAGUGGACCAUCCAAGUAAGAAAUUCGUUUAAAAAACCUAAAGCGUGCAUCUUGGUUAGUACUGUCUUAAAACAAACUGUGUCAAAGGCUUUAGAAUAGUCUGCGAAAACCAUCAAGCUGACUUCACCCCUCUUCAUAGCUCGCACGAGAUCAUCGCGAAUACCUAGCAGCGCAGUUACUGUAGAAUGGCCUUUGCGGAAACCAGAUAUGCUUGGUGCCAAUAAAGAAAGCUCAUCAAUGUAGGAAAUUAAUUGUUUCAGCACUAACCGCUCAAACGCUUUGGAAAUAGCCGGCAGAAUAGAUACUGGGCGGUAAUCUUUCUCGCUUUGUAGGUGAUCCGUCUUUGGGAUGGGUGAAACCCGAGCAGUUUUCCACGUUCGAGGAAACGUCGAAGAGGUAAUACAGGUCUUGAUGAUGCGAGUGAGAGGACCGGCAAUAUGCUCACUUACUAACUUAACGAAUUUAACAGGUAUUUGAUCGACACCGGUUGAGCAGUCUAAGCGGAGGUGGCGUAUUACCUUCAUUACGUCCUCGAAAAUUACGUGACAUAACUUAAAUGAUCGUUGUGAGUGCUCUGGUAAUGAUUUUGCUAGCUCCAGAAGAUCAGAUGUUGCAUCCGGGGUGGUACCCGGUGUCCUUUCGUUAGUGCCGAUGAAGUAUUUGUUGAGUUGAUCAGGAUCGGCUCUUAGGGGAUUAGUACUAGGGUUAAGCACACGAUGGAUGACCCUCCAUACCUCUUUAGGACGUUUUGAGGAGAGGGCCGUCAUAAAAAGGACCUCUUUGCUUUACCAAUAAGCACCUUAAUCUUCUUCUUAUUGAGAAAUAUUCUUAUUACUUCGGCGGAGCGCGAAGUAAAGGAUUCACGACGCUCAGGAAUGCACCAAAGUUCAUAUUUUUGGGACAAUAUUGAGCACGCAAAGUCUGUAGGUUUUCGGUUUUAUUCGGGUAUUUGACGAAGUGAGAGCCCGAAUUAGUUCGAGAUAUCUCGAGAUCACUUCGAUUUCUUUGAUUUAUUCUUUAACUUAUUCGAGGAGGAAAGAAUUAUUAUUUUGGCUCGCCCGAGUUUUGCACCGACUCACCUGUGUGACCCUUCAGAUCAGAGGAGACUCUAAGUUGAGGAAUUAGCCGAUUACGCCACUGCGACCCAAGUUAAUUUGGCGUAAAAAUAGCGAUGAAACUAUGCACUAGUAUCGGGACAAGAUUGGGCGCGCAAGUUCGUGACUUUUCGGCUUGUUUCGGCUAUUUCACGAAAUGAGACCGAAUUACUUCGAGAUAUCUUGAGAUCACUUCGAGUUUAGUCUUUUAUUUUCUCGAGGAAUAAAAAGAGGAUAUUACAUGGCCGCGCAGAGACACGAAAUUUCUCGUCGAGUGUUCAAAAACAUUUCACGAGUAAGCGCUCCUUUUGAACUGUUUUAUGAUGAAUUUAAAGUUACAAAAUGCUGCACAAAAACGUUUUGUCUUUGUUGAGUGAUACGUAGUAAAAUUGCUGUCAUGCGUUGCGUGACCUCUACGUUUUUGGAUUAUUUAUGAAUAGUUAAUCAGGGCAUGUUAACAUUUGAGCAUGAGUCAGCAGAUUUGCAUCAGUUACUGAAAUCAUAACAUAUGUUGAAAAGCUACUACUAUUCGCCUGUUUAGUAUUUUCUGUAACCUUUUAUGAAACGUUAUUCAAGUUCCAAGCGCGUUGUUUCGACGAACUAAGUUUUUUCUCUCGAUCUGGAGUGCUGUGUUUCGUCAAGUGUGACGAAGGUCGAUUUUCAAGUUCUGUGUUUACAUCUGAAGUUCAAGUGAGAGUUUGUUAUUAUUGGCAGAGGCUGUUUAGUUUUACUUAAGUUCAAGUCAAGUGUGUGUUGGCGGAUGCUGUGUUUUAAAGCCCUGUAAAGACUGUUCCUGUGGUAUUAAACUUCCUUGUGUUAAUCCGACAUCCUGGCUUGCGUACUGAUAGUUAGUGAAUAAUGAUCCUGAAAACAAUCGAACUCGUAACAUUGAGUUUUAGCCAAUUCCGUGCUCAAUGCAAUUGACUCCUUACCCAUGCCUUACAUAUCUUUACAACAACAACAACAACAACAACAACAACAAAUUUCAUUGAAAAUUGGAUAAAUAUAUAACUAAUGACAUUACUUUCCCAACCGCAAAUAGCUUAUGAACUAAUUGAGGCGGGGGGAGCUGAAGACAUAUUACAAGUACAAGGCUUGUCUAUAGACGGGCUAAAUAACAGUAAAGACACUACUAUACAAUAAAUACAAUAAACUAACAUAAAACAAGGCAAGUACAUAACGAUUACGAAGAGAGGCUAACCUAUGUAUUAAAUAGCUUAAUAAGACGGGAGACUUCGACAUAAUCAUCUUCUGACCGCAGUACAUGAGUAAUCAGUACAUGAGACUGUUAUGCUGUAUCUGAAGACUGAUGUAAAAAAAAAAAUGGAGAAUUCUUUUUUCACUGUUUGUUUUGUUAGACUUGUUACUCACCGCCAGUAACCUCACAUUUGACUUGGGUCUAAGCGUUUAGACCCAACUCAAAUUUAGAAGGAUUUGUAUGGAGUCAUCAGAGCAUAACUGGGCCUGAAUAUCUCAGAGACAAUUUGCUCCGAAAUGCUAAGUUUUUGGCAAGUAGGCCUCGUGGAUAUUGCUCUUUUCAGAAUAUCCUGACAAAUCCCAUAAUUUCAGAAAUUGACACCUCACUCUCACCAUAUAUCAUUUCUUGCUAUUCCUCCGCAUUUACAAUUAAUCCCACAACUGACGACUCCGAAGUGUACGCUCCAUAGCGUCUUGUUCUUAUUAUUCUUAUUGUUCUUCGUCUUCUUCUUCUUCUUCUUCUUCUUCUUAUUAUUAUUAUUAUUGUAUUAUUAUUAUUAUUAUCAUUAUCAUUAAAAAUAUGUUUAUUGUGAAAAAUCUGACCCAUUUUUGUAAAACGGUGGAAACGGGUGUGGAUCCGUGCUUGCCGCUAUAUACAAUUUUCUAACGAAUGUAUAAAAAGCAAGAGACUAUAAAGGGGACAGAGAGGGCAUCCCCCGUAUACACCCUAUUCCAUAGGUAAUUUGUCUCGAGUUAUUUUUAGAAUCGGGAUAAAGUUACCUCGCGCGAGGCGUGGAGAUUUCGCAUGACCAAACGCCGUGCAAAACAUGUCGGGCGAGAGGCAAUGAAAGCGUAAAAAGAUCGAGAGCAUUCCUGAAUAUUGAAGCGAAAUGAGUCGGCGCUCACCUGGGAAAAAGGAAUCGCUGGACUCUUUGACAACCCGUGAAAUCAGUUUAACUCGAAGUUGUCGUAACUUCAGUGCUUUAAUAAAAUGAGAAAUUUCGUCGGUCUAUUGAAACCGGUCGUUUGUACAAUUUAGGGAGUUUAAGAUCCAACGACGCGGACGACAACUAGAACGUCAAAAAAACAAUAGGUUUAAUUAGCAAAACAACAACUUCGCACGUGCAAACACACUUUUUUGUUCAUUUCUUUCCCGUUUUUGCACGGCUACGACGUGAAAAUGCCUAAUUUCGCGUUUUACGGAGGACGUAAAUAAGCAACGACGAAAUUUUAUUUCUCUUUCUGAGCUUGAAUAUGGUCCCUUGAAAUUCAGCUUUAGGAGGGUUCGCCUACAAUUGACAAAGUAAGUGGGUAGGAAUAAUCGCUAUAAAGACUGCAAAAAAUAAACAUCAAACCAGAAAUUGCUCUCUUCAAACUGUAAAUUAUAAAUGAUCCUGAGAGAAUAUUCAGUGUGUUAAGGAUUUCCCUGCUCUACUGUUAGCUCUAUACAAGAGAGGAAGGACGAUUCUUUUUUAAUUUCGGUUUAGCUGACACAGCUUUCGCAGAAAUCUCGCUGUAAUCGUUUUCGUCGACAAAAGGAAUAGCAAAAUCGCUCUCCGCGUCUUCCCCCAUUUUGUUCUGCGUCAUUUCGUGAAGGAGGCGUGGCUCUCAGCGUGGGUCGUCCACGCGGAACACAUUCGCGCUAUGUCAUUGGCUGUUAUCUAAUCCCCCCCUGAGAUCUGUGGUGUUAAAAAUAACUCGAGACGAAUUACCUAUGGAAUAGGGUGUAUAUGGGGGAUGCCCUCUCUGUCCCCUUUAUAGCCUCUUGAUAAAAAGUUACUGAAGGGAAAAAGUUUCUAGCAAUUAAAUAGUUCUGAAAAAUCAAAACUGAACAACCUUUGGGUUGGUAGCAUUAACCCUCCUCCUUGCUCUCCCCAGGAUAGGCUAAUUAAACACGGAUGGACUUUUAAGUUGAUGGAUUUUUUUUACAAGAUAUCAUCUAGUCCCGCAACGGGGUACUAAAACAUAGACAGAACGUAUAAAGAGAACAAGGUAGUAGACUCAUAGGCCAUCAGAGGAAAUCUGUCUCUCUGACGUCCGAUCUUUCAAGCCCUGAAGGUGGAUAAUCUGUGAGCGUUGUACAGGCUAUGUAUUAUUACACUAAUUUCUAACAUUUCACGCUUUUGUUUUUCUAUAACCACACAGAAAACCCGAUUUCGUCAGCUGAUGAAGGAAAAUCUCAACUCCGCCAACAGGAAGAAGUUCCUAGUGAGGUCAACGAAACCCAGGCCCAGAAAAAUCGUAAGUUAACACCUUCUGCUAUGUACUCCUUUAACAGCGUCUUUAGCCCCUUUGGAACAUGAUCCGCUAAGUUCAGUAAUGUGCUCCGAAUUUCGAAAUAACUGUGGAUUCCAUCAAAAUAAAAAAUGUGACGAAUCAAAUGAAAGCUUCCAAGAAAAACUAUUUGAUGUGAUGCUAUUUGUUAUGCAGUACCAAAUGAUUCUACUAUUUGUGUCUGGAUGAAAUCCUAAAAUAACAUAAAGUUCCGAUAGUAAAUCGAUGCCUGCCGUCGUGAGUUAAUCCUGAAAAUAACUAUCCUCGGAAAGAAUGACGAUUGAUUCUUUUCUUUUGUUCUAACCUACAGAAACUGGAAGAAACUCUUCCGCGCUUACACCAACAAAUGAAUGCAAACAAUACAAACGUUUCUCUUCCUUACUUAAACUAGGCUCUGGAUCUUUAAUACAUAUGUGGCCGCGACUAAUCCAGACUUUGCUAGGUUUAUUUUUGUUUUUGUCGUUAACUGUAUUUCAGAGUGGUGAAAUACUGUCUCUAAUUGCCCCUCUUUCUAAAUCACUCCUCACACCACUUUCUGUAGCCGGUUAUUAAACGAACAGCUUUUAUAUAACAAGGCGAACUUGAGAUUUUAUCAGCAGAUAGGAUAGAAAAACAAGACUGUAAACUUUUGCUCCCCCUUAUUUUAUCACAAAUAUAGGAAGCACUUACUGGUGAUUUCAACAAGUAUUUUUCGGUGCAGUCCCAUGUUUCUGUCAGACAAUCGAAAGGCUGGAUUUGCAUUAGUGUGAAUACUAGAAGAAUUUCACUAAUAACACAGAAAAUUAUUCUUUUUUGUUUCAGAAGACCAAGACCUUCAAAAUCAAAAGAAGCCAUUUGGCGUUCCAGACGAAAUUGCCAUAGUAUUAGAAGAAUACCUGGAGAAAAAUGAAACUGACACUGAUGAAAAAAUUUGGCCCAUCAUUUGGGAUUUUGCUGGACAGGACAUCUAUCGUUCUAUACAUCCAAUCUUUAUGUCCUCAUAUGACAUUUAUCUUCUCGUGUUUGAUCUUACAAAGAAAUUGAGUGAAAAAGCAGAAUGUCGAGUCAAUGUGGGACACAAAGAGCUCACUGCAACAGCCCGCGAUAGUGAGGACACCAAUUUGGAUCACUUAUUUAGGUGGAUGGACUUGAUUCACUCUUUAAAGGCGAAUUUUCAGAGCGAUGGUCUUUCGUAUCCUCCGGUCAUACUUGUCGGUACCCAUGCUGACUGUGUAGACGAUCCACGUCAAGCAAUUGAAUCUGUAGUAGAAGAGAAGUGUUCAAGUGUGUUCGAUGAAUACACUUAUUUACCACACAUCGCAGAUUGUCUUCCGAUUGAUAACACAAAAUCUGGAAAAUCAGCCGACCAGGAGGAAAUCAGUGAGUUGCGGAAAAAGAUCUUGGAGUUGGCUGAUAAAAUGCCUCAUACUAAGAGGGAAAUCCCUUUGCAAUGGCAUCGUGUCGAGAAAGAAAUUAGCCAACCUGUCUGGCAAAAACAAAAGUACCUCCGAAAGGAAUCUUUUCGAAAAGAUAUUGUUUCACACCACUGCACUUUUGAGAGUGAAGACGACUUUGAUGAGCUUGUGUACUUUUUGCAUGGCCGUGGAACAAUAGUGUACUACGAACAUGAACAGGAUAAACAGAAAUUUGGUCUGAUUGUCUUGGAUCCCCAGUGGUUAAUCAAUAUACUGUGUGAGAUUAUCAAAGUGAAACCGGAUCAGAACGAACCUUGGUGUAUAAGACAAGAUCGCAGGAAAUUAGCACAAGAAGGAGUUCUUCGUGAGCGGUUGAUUAAUUAUACCUGCAACAAAAAAAAUGUGUGUCCUAUUAAAGACUCUUUUAUUUCUCUAAUGGAUAAGUUCAACCUCAUUUGCAAGUGGCCAGAAAAAGCAAAAGAAACUAAAACAGGAGAAUCGCAAAUCCUGGUCCCUUGUAUGCUGACUACCUAUUAUAAAGAAAAGGGAAGAAAUGAAACAGAUUACGCUUCUGCGAUAUACCUCACAUUUCAAACUAAAUAUGUUCCAAGUGGACUUUUCUGCCGACUGGUUGUCCUUUUUGGGAAAACUCCUCACUUUAAAAAUAUGCGCAGCCUUUGCGCUAAUGAAGCCAAACUUGCCUUGGACAAUGAAAACCAUGUUCUUCAAUUGUUGUGCUACAAGGCAGUUAUUAAGCUGCAAAUUUUUGCAGACCAUGGCAGUGCUCCUCCACAAGAACUUUAUGAUCUUGUUUUAAGGUAAGCACUCGUGACUAAAUUAUAAAUCCAUUCGUGGUAGCUUGUGUUUUUUUGUGUACAUGAGGCAUGUAUCUCCUGUUAAGUCCAGUAUUGAAUCUCCCGUUAGUGAUCACUUUAAUAGUGAAUACUGUGAAACAUCCCUUAGAUAAGGGAGCUUGCUUUUCAGUUCAAUUCAGGUAGGACCAGUUUACUUGACAUACGAGUCCGUCAAGUGAUUCAGAUAGAAGCUGUUGAACAUCUUUUCUUUUUUUGUAGCCAGUUGAAUGAAUUCUUGGAAAAGCUACGAAAAGAGUGUCACUGGCUGUAUUCAAUGUCUGAGACGUUGUGCGCUCGAUGCACAGUUUGUGUGGGAAAAGAGAGAAAGCCCUGCACCCGGCACGAAAAACGUUCAUGUUGGCACCAUGACUGUGGCCAUUACAUACCUUUGGACGGUAGACUCCUUUGUUGUGAGCCGGGUCAAAUGCUGGAAAAGGAACCGCUCGUACCUUGGAUGAGGGCCAUUGAACACGUUUCAAAGGUGCGUCAUGUACUUUCUACUAACAGUACCAUUGCUACGGCUAUGUAACUGAUAGGGUGCGAAGAGAGGGUUCUCUCCUACUCCCCUCUCUCGCUCCGCAGGGACGGGUAGGAGAGAACCCUGGGAACGAAUUUGCUAGUGUACACUUGCAAAAAAUAUCUGAAAUCUUUUUUUUUUCGCACAAGAAGUGCUGGUGACUCCUCCCUUGUGUGGUCCUGGAGUAAUAAUAAUAACUUGAUUACUUUCCAUAUAUGGCUUUUCAAAGUAAUUACAUCAAUAUCAUGUAUAAAAAAUAUAUUAUAUAUCUAUACAUAAAUAUACCAUAUACAAUAAAAAACGUUAAAAAAUAAAACUAAACUACAUAUUCACAAGAUUUUAACAAGAUACAAGGACAAAGGUAAUAUAAGCAACCUUUUCUUAAAAAUAGACUGCUUACUGAGACGAUUUCAAAUAACGCAUAAGUCCCUUCUUGAAUGUCAUGAUUGUUAACUUCUUUGAGUCUUUUGGGUUAGGUGUUCCACAGUUCCUUUUGCCUGCGGCAGUUCUGUACCCUGGAAUGUCAAUCUUAUUUUUGUUGCGCGUGUCUCUGACAUGCAGCCAUUUUAGUUCUCUAAGAACAGGUAGUGAUGUGAUCAAAUUUACCCGAACGGGUUAUGCUCCUAGCUGCGAAGUUUUAAACAGGCAGUAAUUUAUUGAUAUUCCUAGUAGAGUUUGCUAAAGACUCGUUCAUUGAUAGCGUUUUUAGUACAGUGUUUGUGUCUAAAAGAUGUUUUACCCUAUUAAGUUGACAUAAACUCGACAAACAAGAAGGUGAAAUACUUCUUAUGUGGUCAUCAAAACUCAAUGUAGUAUCCAUAUGCUCUUCAAGGUCCUUCGCCGACCCCGGAAGAAGAACCGGGCGCAACUCUUUCCCCAAUAAAGUAACAUGUCAAUCCAGAUCUGCAGGCACAUUUGCAGCAUUUGAUGGGUGCCAAUUAAGAGCAAUUUCGUUUUAUCAGGGUUGAUUUGAAGGCUGUUUUGACAGCACCACGAGAAAAAACUUUCUUCAGGCCUUCGAUUAUUUGUCGAGUUUCGGUGUCGAUGUCCUUGACUGGGAAUGUUAGAUGUAACUUGGAAUCAUCUACGUAGGAUUCUAAGGAGCAAUAAUCUGGAAUGCCAGGCAAAUCGUUGAUGUACACAUUAAAAAAGGCCGUCCCAGAAUGGAUCCUUGUGGAAAUCCGUAUGUAGAUUUACGCAUUCCGGACAUUUCAGAACCAACCUCGUGGGUACUGCAGGCGAUCAUGCAUGUAGCUAUUAAACCAUUCUAGUGCUGAACUAGAGACCCCCAACGAACUCAAUUUGGCUAAAAGAUUGGCAUGAUCUAUGAUGUCAAAUACUUUUCAUAGGUCCAAAAGGUCCAUAAGUGUCAGCAUCUUCUUGUCCAUGGCUUCCAGAAACUUGUCUGUCAUCAUAACAUUCAUCGUUUCAGUUGAAUGUCGAGCUUUAUUCCCACUUUGAUGUUCAAUCCAACGUUCCUAGUUUUUCAUGUAUGCAAUGAAUUGAUUAAGCGGGUCCCGUUCACAUAUCUUUGACAUAGCUGGAAGUAAAGAAACAGGGCGAUUGUUAUUUGCUAACUCGUGGUCGCCAUCCUUUGGGAGUGGAACAAUGGUUCACAAUGUCAGUUAGUGCUCAGUGGUAAAAUACAUGGUAAAGCGUCCUUAAUAACAGAAAUCGGAACUUUGUCGUAACCAGGAGCCUUGUUGGAUUGAAAGGACAUAUCAAGCCUGUGGAUUUCGCCCUCAGAAACUGCUUGAAAAUGAAAUUUCUCGAAUUCAGAUGUAUGUUGAUCAAUGAGCACAGGAGAACCAGUUAAUGGGAGAUCAAGCGUUACGGCCAGGGACGCAGAUGCUUCAGCCGCUCUAGCACCCACAGUUGAAAGGAAUUCAUUACAGCUGAUUUCAGUGCUGUGUAUACACCCGGAUUUUGAGACAUGAUUCGACCGAGAGGUUACAAAGCAGUACAGUAUUUUACCUUGAAUAUCCUACCGGAAUCAAAGCACACAAUCUGAAAUUUACUUUGAUGAUAGCUUAAAUGUUUCUCUUGUAAUUCAGAAAAAGAGGACUGUGAUCCACAAUUUGUUCUCCUUUUCAGACAACAGUCUCUCAUACAAGUCACGCAAUCUAAUCGCAAUACAGUAGAUAGUAUCGCGCGUGUCGACGUCUCGAUCAAUAAGUUUUUCGGCUCUUUUCUCAACCUUUUUAUUGGGCGUCUACCUUGAUCUUUAAAGAAAUGUUAUAUUUUACCCUUUUUCAAUAAAAACAAAUUUUGCUUUCUUUUAUGUAAGGUUUUAUUUGUCUGCUUUGCAAAAUUUAAGCUCUCGAGGGUCAUAGGUCGAGGACCGAACACUGUGAUAUUUUUUGGUCGACAAAACAAAAUUUUCAAACUCUUCAGCAAAUUCUUUCACAACGACAGACUGAUGAAUUUACCUGUUGAUUUCUUCUGCAAAACGUGAAGUCUUCCUGUUAUUUUUUAACCACGAAGAAAGUACUUCUAAGUAAGGACGAAAAAGUACCAACUUUAGGAAAUACAAAUUUGCCUCUUGGUUAACUAAAUUUGCCUCACUGUUGCAUGUAAAUCGCGGGUAUUCACCAACGGCAAAAUACCGAAACCUAGUCAUACGGAAGAAGAUUAAACAAUAUUAGUAAAAUCCAACUAGUGGUCUUUUAUCAAUGCUGCGUUCUGAUUGGUUGAGCUACUGCUAGGCUAUAUGUUAGCCUAUUUGGCGGCUGAAUCGCGUUUUGCUAGCUAAAAUUGUUUUGUCUCGAUAUUUUUGACCAACUAGUUGGAUUUUACCAAAACAAUUAUUCCUCUCGCCCUCAUGGCCUCUGAGUCAAUAUCCCAUUCGGUCUUCGGCCUUAUGGGCUAUUAACUCAGAGACCAUUCGGACUCGAGGUAUAAUUGUUAAGAACAUCGGACUAGUUCGCUUUUCACUGUAUUGAUAAUAUUUCUUGCUUUAUGAAAUCGCCUACAGAAAUACAUUCGAACUCGGCAAUAGAACUCCACGUUUAUCACAAGUCAUCAUGUUGUAUUAUGUCGCCGCUUUCCACGUAGCAAAGGUUUCCUCUUCAUGUAAAACGCAUUUGUCGAGAUUCUAGCUUCGUUACACUUAUGUCUUUUGGUGAUAAGCUUUCCUUGCCAGCUAGAUGUUUCUCUCAGAACUCUCGCCUGCCAUUAUUUUUGCAACCGUCAUACGUACUGCGAAGCCAUACGUUACGUGAUUAGUGUCGAAUCAUGUCUGAAAAUCCGGGUGUAUACAUAGCAAUUGUUCGUCCUCAAAAGGACAUUGGAGCUGUUUUAUCUUAACCUUUUUAACUGGAGCAUGCUUAUUUAGCCAGUGUUUAGCAUACAAAGGAAAUUCCGGUGAAAGUGGUCAACUCUUUCACUAAUUAGUGAAUUUUCCAUCCAUGGAAAUCGUUCUAGAUCGUCUAGGAACUUGAUCGCAUCGUACUGUUGAAACCUCCUAGUGAUGGCAUAAGUUGGGGGUGGUUUAGGUAGUUUUAGGUUAAGUACAAUGUAGGUUAGAUAAUGAUCACUAAUGUGGCACUCAACCACUCUGGUUUCCUUGACAACGUUGGUGUCUGUUGCUAAAAUAACAUCAAUUAAAGACGAUGAUUGAGUCGUAACUCUAGGUGGUGAAGUGACAAGCUGAGUAACGUUGAAGGUGUCAAGUGGGCAAGCCUGCACGAUCCAUGAGGCGCGCGAGAGUGGAGAAAGCGAACGAGCAAAGCAUGCCCGCUUUUGUCUCAACAACCCCGAGGGAGAGCUGCAGUAGCAGCCUAUGAAUUAUGAUAGCGCUGGCUUAACGGACCGUGUUAACAGGUUUAGCGUGACUCCCUAAUAGUUCAAGAUUCACGCGAUGAAAAGGUGCAUGUCUUUAGUGAUGAGAUUCAUUCCUAUCAAGUGGUUUUGUUUACGCUAUAGCUUUUGCAUGGUUAGGAUAGCACUGCUGCAAAAAUAUAGUUAGCACCUUAACAGCUUUACCUAAAUUGGCUUAAAGGGAACCUCCACUUCAACAAACAUAACUUUAAAUCACAGGAAAUAACUGUUACAGUCAAGUCAAUCUAAAAUAUUUUUUAAUAAAGCGUUUGUAUCUGAAAGAAAUAACUUUUAGAUUCGCCUAUUUUUGUUUUCAAAUUUUGCGGGCGUCGCCAUCUUGAAUAAUUGUGACGUGUUACGGUUGCCCUAUUGUUAUUAAACAAAAGCUCUUUGUGUCAGAACAAUAGAGCAACCGUAACACGUCAAGAUGGCGGCGCCCGCGAAAUUUGAAAGUGAAAAUAAGCGAUUUUAAAAUUCACUUUUCCUGAUAUAAACACUUUUUUAAGGACAAAUUUCGAACAAAUUUGUUUAUCAACAUAAUUUUAUUCGAUUUAAACUUAUUCUGUAGUAAGAGUGGAGGUUCCCUUUAAGACGGAAUCCACCAGGAAAUUGAGUAAUUUUAAUUCUCAGUGGACAAAAACCUUGUACCAGAAUAAUUUAAAGAAUAUAGCAUUCUUUUUUUACAUUUUUUAACGGCUCAUUAUGUAAUUAGUCAUCUGUAAUAACACCUCAGAAAAUGUCUCGCGGGAGUCUGAAAAAAAGAAGGUCAAAUUUCACAAGAAUUGUGAAAACACAGGUAAAAUUCUGAAAAUUUAAUGUGUCAGGUGAAUUGUGUAAAAUUUGACGUUCAUUUUCUCGGACUCCACAAAGAAAUAUUUUUUGGUAUUAUUACAGAUGAUUAAUUACAUCUUUAGCCCUUGAAAAAUGUAGAAAAGAAUGCAAUAUGCUUUAAAUAAUUCCGGUACAAGGUUUUUGUUUAUUGAAUUUUAAAAUUACUCAAUUUCCUAGGGGAUUCCGUCUUAAUAGCUUGUAAUUCUUGCCGGACACUAUCAAACUCACCACAAGAAGUAACCAUUAGUGACUAUACUCAAUACUAUAUUACUAGUAGAGCAACAAUACCGAGAAAGCGAUUACCUAUUACGUCCUAUUAGGUCGCUUUAUCAGUACCCUAGGAGCAGUGGUUUCUCCAGGCCAGACCCUAGAAAAACCACUACUACUCGCAGCGGGCAUGAAUUAUGGGAAGGAGAACAAUUUCUUUACACGAAAAAAAAAACGAAUACAAAUACAGAGGAUGGAAAUUAAUAGAGUUGUAACUCGGAGUUUCACACACUAAGCGAUCAUCAGACUAAAAAGAGGGUGUGAAUGGGGUUAACCGACUAGCGACAAAGGCCACAAAGGUCACAAGUCUUUUUACAAAUAUACCAACAAACGAGGGUAUUGAAAUAAUUUGUAGAGCGUAUGAAAAUUUCCUCAAAGCAACCCAGCUAUUCCAACACAUUACCUGCGAGAAAUGCUUAGAGAGUAAUCUUCAAAGAAAAUUCUUUCCAGUUUAAUGGGAAGCUCCACAUACAAACCCACGAUACUGCGAUGGGCACAAAGACAGCAGUUUUCCUUUGCCAACAUUUUCGUGGCAUAUUUUGAAACACAAAGUCUAAGCAAAAUCGUCUUUAAAGCAAUUGCUUGGUAGUGGAAACGCGACAUGAAUGACAUUUUUUCGCUGUGGGACAUAAGUAAACCAGACAUGGUACAGCUUUCUUCGAACAAGCAAUCUUACAUUAUCCUACCAUUAAAUUCACCUCCGAAAUUCACUGAGACAAUGUUUUUAGACACAGUUGUAUACAAAGGCCAGGAUUCCACGAAAAAGCUAUCCUUGAUGUUUAAAGGCACAUUUUAAACAAACAAAGGAGCAGCCCUUAGCCUUAAACAACAUUUGAGGAAAGUAUCUUAAAUUAAAAAAAAAAAAAAAAAAAAAAAACACGCUUGAUGGACAGAGGCUACCAACACAGUUUGACAGAAAAAUUGCUAUCAGAAAUAAAUAAAAUUCACACAGCAACUGGAAAUCUUCGCUUCUGAAACAAAACGGCGAGGAAGAAAAAUAAAUUUUGCCUUUCGUGACACAAUACCAGCCCUUAUGGUGUCCACUAUAAAAGAAAAACUUGAAUCCUCAUACAAAACCAACCACUGCUUUGCUAAAUUUUUAAAGAAACACCUAUUACUUUCUACAAGAAAGGAAAAUCAUGGCAAAGAGCUACCCCGCGAGCAGAGGUUUCUCUCUUGCAUGGCUUUUAGCGUUUACGAAGUCAUUCGCGUGGCAGUUGUCUGUCAAGCCACGCGAACGACUUUGUAAACGCUAAAAGCCUCUGUUCAUUAAUUUUUAUAGUGCCCUGCAAUCAACAAGGAAACCAAGUUCGCAUUUGCGAUAAAAGCUGUAGUGAUUUUAUCGGUACUAUAUAAUAUGAAGUUUAAGGACAAUCAAAUGAUGCAGUUUUACAAUGUGUACACGUUUUAUAGGGAUCAAAGUCUUGAAGUGAGAGAAAUACAUAGAAAAUAUUAAUAAUUGACAUGCAUUUUUACUUAUUAACUGAGAUUUACCGACAACCGACAAAGAUGGAAAAUUUCAACCGACUACCGACAAAAUAACUGCAUUGUAACUGACAAGCGACAAGUAGAUUCCCCCUCCCCUCUUCAUUCAGACCUUCUAAAAAUUCUGAAAACAGAUUUCGGUUUUAAGGUGGAAAUUUGAAAUUCAUGGACGCUUGGAACAGCGCGUUCUGUGAUUGGUUGCAAAGAACUUUUUCUCGUGACGACACUUGAUUACCAGCUCAGAUCGUGUAUUUAGGAGAGUAUCGCGGCCAGUCAAGAUACAGAGUUUCUCGGAAAGGCACAAAUUGCAGCGUGACGGGUUUCCCUUGUAGGCGUUUGCCCUCUUGAUGAUACGCCACUUGAUGUUGUUGUGUCGUUGUCCUUUAGUUCCCAGAUGUAUUUUGAAAGUAGUGUCAUGUGUGUGGUUUCGGAUCCUAAAAGAGAGGUUGUGGUUGUUGAAUCUUGUUUUGAAGUCGUUUUCUGUCAUGCCGAUGUAGUUACUUGUAUUCGGAUGCUGUCGUGACUGUGGCUUCGUAGAUAACGUUAUUUGUGAAACAAACACCACUCAACAGAAUACAGAUACAAAUUUCCUUGAUUUUGGAAUUAUUGAAGUGCAGAAGGUUGUCCGUCUAAGACAGGAAAUAAUUGCUGUUGCUAAGGAGCUUCCUCUCAUAUAUAUAUGAUACCAUUCCAAUCAACUGGUUAAAGUUCGAGAAGGCUCUUCAGGCCAAAAAAGAAGUGGUAAAACAAACGCAUUUCCCUGGAGACCCCGAAGGACUUUGCGAAAAACGACUGCAACAUUGUUGACGAGACAGAGUUUGAGACCUUGCUGAACUGUCUUCACGACAUUAGAAGUUUGAUUCAUUACGAAGACACGGUGCCGUUGAAUAAAUUGGUAGUCCUAGAUCCUCAAUGGUCAAUGAUCUUUUCAAGAAGGUGAUAGCUGUAAAGCCGUAUGAUCCUAAAGAAAAGGAAUCCUUAUACCUGUGGCGUAUGCUUGAGUCUAAAGGAGUACUUGAUGAAAAGCUUGUGGCUCAUGUAUGGGGCCCCUUGUUUGAAGACAGAGAACAUUGGAGAGUUCUUAUUAUGCCCUUGGUUAGUCCAUGCCUCGAGCAACAGGCAGUAUCUUUUCCCGUCAAUGUUAAUGUCAUGUCCAACAAGUGAGCUUUCCGAGCUAGUGGAGUCGGCCAAUAUUUCUUCCCUUUUUGUCAAAUUUUCAAGUGGUGAAGUUCCUCCAGCUUUUUUCCCUCGGCUGGUCGCACAGUUCAUUCAGUGGGGCGGAGAAAGAUUUUAAUCAGAAGAGACUCCUCAGCUCUUUAUAGGUUUUGUUACGUUUUAUACCUCCGAAGAUGCGUGCUCCGUUAUUUUUAUAUGUCACUUCUCGUCUGUUGAGGUCUUUGUUCAUGGAGGGAAUUCAGCACUUUCCCUACCAAGCAGCGGAGAGGAAACCUGUGCUUGUAAGGUGUGUAGACAGCUGAGCUUAAUUCUCGAGUGUAUGCGCAAUCAGUUUCCCUGGCUGGAAAAUAUGAAAUGUGUGUCAUAUGUCCCCUCUGCUCCAAAGAAAGGGAAAUUGCGUUUUGUCAAACCCAUGGUGCAAAAAUAUGCAAACAGGAACAAUACCUUCACUUCUGGACUGUGUCUGAAUUGUUUGGUGACACUAGAACUAUCUCCUGCAGGAGGCUUUUGCUAGAGACACCACAAUUGAGAUCAGCUAGUUUUACCGUUGGUUUCCUGCUCCAAAGAUGUGGUGUGGUCACGUGAGAUUUCUUUAAUCUCAGAUUCUCUAUACAUCCCCGCCCGCCCCCUCCCCUGACCACGGUAACCAAUCUGUAAUUUAAGCAGUUUCGCCAAAUUAAACUUUUAACCUGCAGCACCUGAAAAAUUAUCCUGGUAAAAGAAGCUCGCGUUAACUGAUGACAGUUGAGCAAACGCUGAAAGGAAAGUCACGGAGUUUGGAGCUAAAAUUAAAACGUUGGCACUGAAAUUGAAGUAGUGUCAGCUGUCUCUGAACGAAGGAAGAAAAGAGUGUUAUUUUUUCCUUUUUAUUAGUUACAGCUUGGAACUGAUGAAUGUGACGGAGACCAGUUUGAUCUUGGUGAAGGUAAGGAUAAUGAGUAAACAACCAUCAGUAAGAAAAUACCUAGUAAGUAAUAAACCGUUUUGUUAACAGACGAAUCCAAAGGGAGGAGUUCGCAAAGUAUAGGAGUAACUGAAACCGUUAAGUGUAGCUUUGUGUUUAGAUGUGCCAAACCACGAACUGACUUUAUGAAGUGUACGAAAAUUUUAUUCAAAAUCAGAUCGGUGCAAAAAUUAAGCACUAUUUUUGUAUGAGGCUAAACCCUAUUUAGACUUGGCUUUUUGGGACUGGACUGGGCUUGGAGGCUCGUAGCCUGUAGAUUUACCGCGGACGAUACUUUUACACAGAGUCACACCAAGUCUAUCAUUGACGUACAGUUUUGAUGUUAUAAUUAGGUAAUAUAAUGUCAAAAUGAAUUUAUUUUAAUAGUCAUUUUAAAAAACACAACAAACCAUAUUAGCAAAUUUUAAAUCACAUUUUCUCCACAAAACAACACUCAUUGUGUCGAUACAAACGCACGAUUGAUGGUCUUGUAAUUUUUUGCUUCAUACUGGAAGACUUUCACGUCAUUGCUGCAUUGUCAUUGUCAUUUGCGUCGUGGCGGAUUAUUUGAGGUUUUUUUUAGUUAGACGUGUACGGGAUGAAGCCUCCGGUACUUUAUCCACCUUGGUAGACGAGAAUCUAGAAGGCUGAGACAAAAAUAUCAGUGAGAUUCCUUUAUAAGCAAACGACAUUUUGAUUAGAAACGUAAGAGGGAAUGAUCUCCGGGAAAGAGUGUAUAGACGAUACUUUUAAUCCGGUCCCCCACCUUUGCGAACUUUUUAGCUAUUGUUCGACCACAUUUUUUUUAUAACGAUAUAGGGUGUUUUCACUCACGUGGCCAGCAUAUAUGCAAAUUUAUUGGAACAAAAGAAAGCGUUUACAUAAGAAAAGAGUUCAACUCCCACAGGACUGGUUGGGACACCAACAUGGCCGCCGUUUCAUUGUUUUGGGACACCAAUAUGGCCGCCGUGACGUCAUGUGAAAACACCCUAUACCAGAGAAAAAAUUAUGCUAUUACUUUCCUAUGUUUUUAAGUGAGUGUGGCAUUGGUGUAAUUCUAGGAAACCAAGAAAAGGCAUUGGCAGUUCGUAGCAGUGUGUUUCAACAUCUUUCGUCCAAGUCGUGCGAUGCCGAACUGGUUGUUAGCAAACUGAAGGAGACUCUGCAGUUGGAUCAUGCCUCUCUUGAACAGCCAGACUCUGACACCAAGAAACAGAUCCGCUGCUUGGCUAGAGAAGCUAGUCGUUGUAACAGACCUGAUGUGGUGGAAUACUUAAGAGAAAUUACACCUGCUGGGACUACUGGUGAGUGUUUCUCAGGUUUCCUCAUAAUCAUUCCUAGGAGGUCUAGUGUUUUCACUUUACACCCUAUUGAACUUUGCUCUAAUUAUACUCGAGGAUCGCUUAUUGUCUAAUUGCGUUCGUGCUAAUGUAUUUCAAGUUCAUUAGAUUAUUCUUAUCUCUUUCAUUUGAAGGAGGAAAGAUGACCUAUGAUCUUGGAGUCAUGUAAGAGUUUUGAAAGAUCAAACGUGGGCUAUUAACAAAUGAGUUUUACACACUGAUAUGCAUGCUUGAUUCCAGGUCCACUAUUACCUGAAUCCCUGGACGUGAGAAGAAUCCCUAUUUCGCAAGCAAGACAGCUUAGUAUCGACUUGACUGGUAUGGAUUUCAGGAUAAACUCAAUCUGUCUGACAUCUUAUUUUGUGAGCAAAUUAAUACUUUCUUUCGGUCGAGGAAAAGUUAUCAGCCGAGCCGAAGGCUGAAGCUGGUAACGCUCACCGAGACUUUGAUUAUUACGGGUAUCGCAAAAACCAAAACUAAGAACUGUUUUGUUAUACACUGUUUCGAAGAAAGUAACAAAAAACACACCAUCGCACGGAACACAUUUUGUCAUUGUUCUUGAAAAUCAUGCAUUGCGUGCGCAACCUACAAAUUAGUCAUUAAUCUGAUAGUAGAUAACUUACUAAUCUGUAGGUUGCGUUGAUUUCCAAAAUCAAGUGUACAUGUAGGAUCUUAGCCAGAGAGAAGAGUGAGUACAGUCGACUCUCGCCUUACGAACACCCCGCUAUAACGGACACCCCGAUAAUACGGACAGCAGUUAAGUCCCAGGAAACAAUAAAUUACAGACAUUUGACUGAAAUGAACUCCCGCUAUUACGGACUCUCGCUAAUCAGGACGCUAAGUCGAGGUCCCUGGAGUGUCUGCUAUAAAGAGAGUUGACUCUACAAUGUAUAAAAAUUAUUAUGAAGACUAUCUUUAUCAUUAUCAUUUUAAACUGCCUUAUUUAGUCUUAAUGCAUUGGUACGCAAGUACAAAUUUGGGGCAUGGUUUUGCGUCUCGUGUUGCAAACCGGCCACGCAACGAUCUAGCCGUCUUUAGGAGAAAGGCCUUUUCCCGAGUAUUUGUUCGUCCCCUGGAAUCGAACUCCACGACCUCCCGCUAGCGCUUUACUAACUCAGCUUACCCAACCGUAGCUAGGUUAGUUUAGGUUUAGGUUGUUGUCAGGCAACCGCUGAUGUUUCGGUUUUUCUUUGUUGUAGUUGCGGACGGCGAUAAGUGGAAGUUUGUUGCUGAGAAAUUGGGUUUGAAUCCCGGAGAGAUCCGUUUUCUUGAUGAGCGUAACAAGAAUCCAGUUGAAGCUCUCUUAGCCUUUGUCGCGAAUAAGCGUUACCUGUCUGUGGGAGAACUUUAUCAAGUCUUAAGCGAUUGUGGGAUUCCCGUAAUCGCCGAUCAACUGUAAAAUAUUAGACGGCUUUUACAUCAGUGAUUGUGUUGUAUAUUAGUCGCUAAAUAUGAUAUUUUAGUAGCAGAUUAUUGGAGUACUUGGAAUUUUUCUUACGAUCCUCCUGUAUCACUGAUUGAAAAAUCAUCUUUCUGAGAUUAGUUUUUGUAUCUUAACAUAGGAUGGUACAUAAAAUACAUCACAUUGAGUACAAAGGAGAAGAAAAAAGUAAUGUAAGGAUGAUAUUCUUUCUCCUCUAAUGAUACACAGUGAAAAGUAGAAAAAAAAAUAGUAGAAAAGCUUACUUUUAACGUACAUUGCGUAAGAUGAAACGAAAAAGAUUAGUGCCAGGAAAUAUCCACAGUAUAAUUUUAAAUAGUGCUUUGCUGAGUUCUAUCGGCUCGCAUAAUUUAAAGUUACUGGGAAAAUUCCUAGGAGGAGGAUUUGUUAAGGAAAAAAAACCUAUAUUCUUACCCCGGCUUGGAAUUAUUAAAUCAAUGUUCUUUUUCUUAUAAUUAGAGAGUUAAAUAUAACAGCCGGAAAAGGGCUGUGGUCAAAAGUUCACAAACCUAUAUGCGUUGUUUAAAAUAUGGAAAAACAAUAUUGGUUGAUAAAAAAAGCACUCUAGUCACCCUAGUCAAGUAAUUAGAAAAAAUAUUGUCAGUCAAAUCGUCAGUUCUCCAGUCGUUCUCUCUUAGUUAGUUCUGCUUGAUUCGUCAACAAGUCGUUUUUGUACGGUGCCGGUAGCUGUUGGCUACGGUUCAGUGGCGUUUGCUCUUAGUUAGUAAACCAGCUUUCUAAAGUAAGUCGUUGAUAGUAGUCUGUAGAAUACGUAGUACAUGUCGUAGAGUCCCAGUCGAUUUGAUGUAUCGUCUGUAAAUGGUGUUCAGCAAUGUGAUUGUUGACGUCACCACUGUAAGUGUAAACGUUUAACAUAGCUGUUUCUAUACACUGUAAGUGUAAACUUUUAACAAAGCUGUUCCCAUUUGUAGUUUACUAAGAAUAUGAUCUAAUUCAAGUAAUUUCGUAAGGUCGAUGUGGCUUAAAGCUUAGAGUUAAUAACUCAGAGAUAUAGUUUUAUAUUUUUGGUAAUUUCUAUGCACUGUAAGUGUAAACGUUUAAGGUGAUUCCCUGGUUUUGCACUGCGCAUCUCUUACUGCGCAUAACAAGAUGGCCUCCGUAAAAAAGAGCAUGUGAAGUAACAUUAUUAAAAUGAAGUUGAC